UUUUGUUUAAAAAAUUUCCCUCUAAAAUUAUUAACUAUUUGUCACAUAAAUUUUAUCAUUAUAAUAACAAUAAUGUCAAUUGAAUUUAAUAAUGUACAAAUUAUUUACAUUUUAUAUAAAAUAUGCUCACGUAAACUAUUUUAGAAAAUAAAAUAAUAAAAUAGUGUUUUUUGUAAAUUGUUUUAAAAAUUCUGAAAAUGUAUUAAUUACAAACUAGAACUAAAAACAACAAAAAUUGAAAAGAUUUAGAGGAAGAAGAAAAUCUGCCUACAAAGCAAUAAAAAUAAACAAAUAUUCAACAAAAUGGAAAAAUCAGUUGAAUACCAGAAUAAAAAAUAUGCAGACGUUUGUAAAUUAAAAUCCAGCAUAAAAAAAUCAUCAAAUGAAAUAAACGAUGAAGGAAGUGUCUUGAAAGAAAAUGGAAAAUUUAAACAAAAAUCCUUAACAAAUACACUUGAAAUUAUUCCUGACAUCUAUAAAUUUCAACAAUUGGAAUAUUCUUAUCCUCAUCGUUUAAUAAAUCUCUUAUAUCAAUUAGAGUUAUCCGUUUUAUGUUUACUUAAAAUAUCGAUAUUUAAAAAUCCAUCAGAUUCAAUAAUAUUUCGAAAUUCCUCAUCUGGUCAAUUUAACAAUAUUGUCAUGUAUUUUAAAGGAGAAAACAUUUGCAUUAAAGUACAACAUAUUGAUACUUAUUAUAUAAAAACAUGUUUGGAUUAUAAUUCAUUUUUUUCAAAUAGAGAUGGAAAUUUUACUCUUAGAAAUUAUCUCAAUGAAUUUGCAGCGGAAUUUCUUUUUUAUUCAAAUAUUAUCUCCAAUGUACCGAAAUAUUUAAUUAUCUACACAAAUGCAAAUUUACAUAUGACAAAAAAUAAAAAAUUAAUUAAUAAUAAUGAAGAAAUGAAAAAAUGUGAUUUACCUCAAUUUGUAAGCAUUAAUUUAAAAACUGAUAAUAUUUUAUCAGAAUUAUUCGAAAAAAAUGAAAUAUAUUAUAAAUUUUCUACUGAUAAAGAAACACAAAAUCAAUUAUCAAAAUUGGUAACAUUUACAAAAAAUAUUACUAAAGAAAUUAAAAAUAAAGGAUUUUCUGCUGAAGAAAUAAGAAAAACAUUUUUUGAUAGAUUAAUUUUUGUUGUUAAUCAACCAACUUUAGAAGAAUUAGUUAAUAAUGUUCGGCGAGAAAUUGAAAAAAAUAAUGAAAAUUUUACAGAACUUAGAGAAGAGGUAAUUAGUCAAUUGAUAGAGGAUGAGGAGGAAAAUGAAAAUAAUAUCGAAAAUAUCCAAUCUACCGUCUACAGUUUUAAUUUAUUUAUGUUUUGCAUUCAUGAUAUGUUUUUAAAUGAAAAUAUUGUUGCGAUUAAAUUCGAAGAGAAAAUUUAUAAUAAAAUCGCUUUUAACAAUAUUAGUAUAAAUUUUAGAAAUAAUUUUUUUUACCUAAGGCCCCUCGAGGUAGAUGUCAAUAAAUUAUCUCUUAUGGAAUUAACAAAACAAAGAGACAUUUUCUCAAUUGAUACACAUUUUUCUUUCUUUAUUAAAGAAUUAGAUGAAAAUCUCGAUUAUUUUGUUAUUUACACAAAUUUAAGUGUCACACUACUCAGGGAAUUAAUUUUAGGAAAUAAAUUUCUAACACAAUAUAUGGAGGUGAUUCAUCGUUCAGAAUUUAAUCAGCUAGAUGUGAUGGAAAAAAAAUUUGCUAUUUUCAAAAAUUCCUAUAUUAAUACAAAUAAUCUUUACCAAUUUUCACAAGAUGAAGCGGAAAAAAUUAUGGAUUUUCUGACAAUUCCAGCUUGUUUUCACUCGAGAAAAGAAGUAGGAAAAUUUUCCAAUUUCACCGAAAAUGAAGUUAAGAAAUUGUUUCUCAAUAAAAUCGUUUUUGCUGUCAAACAACCAAAUUCUGACGAAUUGUAUAAAUAUCUCGAAAAUAUAGAUAAAAAUUCACAAGUGCCAUAUAAUAGCAAAAAAUUGCAUCAUAUCGCUUUACAUUAUUUACAAUCUUAUAAAUUUGACACUAUAACAAAAGAAUUAAUUCUAAAAUUUUGUGAUGAUUCAAAAAAUAAUAAACUACAAAUUAAAAAUGAUUCUUUGAAUGAAGAAAUUAAUUUUGCAAGACGUGUUCUUGGCUCAGUGGAUGUAGUCGAAUUUGGUAAAUUUAUGAAUUUUUUAACUAAAGAUGGAAAAAUUUAUUUGAAUGUUCUAAAAAGAAAUGAAAUAAAAAUUUGUCACAUAUCAAAAAUUAUUGAAGGAUCAAAGAGAAAAGAAGCCAUUAAAUCGUUUACUGAUUUUUAUAAUUUAUGCUUUGACAAUCAAGGAAAUAAGACUGGAUUUUUACAAAUUUUAGAAAAAAAAGGAUGGAAUAUUAAGAGUAUUUCCAAUAUGCUCCAAGGUUCAGGAUCAAGUGGUGCAAAACUUCUUAAAACUUUAUUUGAUCUUUGGUUCGAUGAUUUGGGAAAUCGUACAAAUUGUCUAGAAUCUCUAGAAAAAGAGGGAAUCAGUUUAUCAAACAUUUCAUUACUUUUAAACAAAACUGGAGUCAAUUGUGUACAAAAAUUCAAAGAAUUUUAUGCUUUUUGGUUUAAUGAAGAUGGAACUAAAACGCCCUGUUUGAAGAAUUUAGAAAAUAAUAAAAUCAAUUUAUUAAUUAUAUACAAUGUUUUACAUAAAUCAGAAGAAUCAUUUUCAAAUUUUUACAAACUUUGGUUUAAUAAAAAUGGAGAAAAAACGAUACGUUUGCAAAAUUUGGAAAAACUGGGAAUUAGUUUACAUAAAGUUUGUAUUUUAUUAAAAGGAUCUGGAAAAAAUGCUUCGGAAAUUUUUGAAAAAUUGUACAAUCUUUGGUUUGAUGCUGCAGGACAAAAAACAUUCUAUUUACUCACACUUGAAAAUGAAAAUGUAAAAAUUGCAACAAUUUUUGAUAUUCUAGUGAAAACUGAACUUGAAAUUGACAAUAUUUUUAAAAAUCUUCAUUCACAUUGGUUUCACAGUAAUGGAGAGAAAACUGAUUAUUUAAAAAUUCUCGAAGCAAAUGAAAUAUAUUUGCCAGAAAUUUGUAGAAUUUUGAAUGGUAAAGGUUGUCUUGCUUUACAAGAAUUUCAAAAACUUGUUGAUUCGCAAAAUUCACAAUUUCAACGAGAUGUGAAUUUGAAAAUUAUCAAAACAACAAAUCAAGUUAGUGAAAAAAUAUUUGAAUUUCAAGAAACAAGAGAAAUGAAUUCCGCAUUAUUGAGGGAUGUAAAGAAAGAAAUAAAAAGUGAUAAUGAUAAAUCAUUACAAAGUAGAGAGGAGAAAUUGAUUUUUGAGGAUGAAAAAAAGACAAUUGGAAUAUCAAAGGAAGAAUCUGAUAGUGAUUACGAAGAAGAAUUUUCAGUUCAUGAAAUAAAUGAAAAAAUUUAUAGGGAACAAUUUAAAGAGGCAUCACGAUGUAAAAUUCAGUAAAUUUUAAUAAUUGUUCUACAACAUAAAAAAUAGAUUUUUGUUUUAAAUAUCUUGCUCAAACAAUAACAUAUUUUGAAACAAAAGGGUAGAUUGUUACUAAUACGAUUAUUUUUUAUCUUGUUCUGUUUUGUGACCAAUUUCAUAUCGUACUAUUAUUAUAUAAGAAUAUUUUUUUUUAAAAGAAUAAUUUAGCUAUAUAAUGUAACUAAUACUAUAAUGUAUUUUUUAUUAAUAAAUAAUUAAAUUAAAUUUUAAUUUAAUUAUUCAUUAUAGUAAAAGUUAUAGUACACGAAUUAAAGUUGAUAAAUAGUUUUAAAAAACUUUCCAAUUCUGAUUAAAAAGUAAUUUACAAAUAUCAGAAUUAUUUAAACAAAAAAAAAAAUUUAGUUAGUUUUUUUUUAUGUAAUUUAAACGUACUUGUGCAUUUAAUAUUGUAAAAAUAAUACAUAUUGUUGUUGCAAUUUUGAUAAAUAUUUUUUAUACAUUUCUAUGUGAGAAAAAAACAUUAAUUACUAUUU